CGGCAUUCCUGAUUGGCUGAGAGUUUUAGGCCAGUACUUUGAACAGUUUGACAUUUCCUUGUAUUCAUGAUAAGGAGGGAGGCUUGCUAACAACUAUUUCCACCAACGUCUCACAAGAAAGGAACAUGGCUGAGCCUCGUGGCGAUGGUGGCGUGCAGAGCGGUGGGGAUACUGUGGACGCCUUAAAGCUGUUUAGAAAGAGGUCGGGUAAAGAACCCGCAGGCAAUGGUAAGACUCCUGAGGAAGUGGACUCUGCCCCCAGCGGUAAAACAGCAGGCUCUGACCCUUUCCGCUACAAGAUGGACUACCCCUGCCUCGGGAAGUGUCUCAUUAUCAACAAUAAGAACUUCGACAGGGACACAGGGAUGAAUGCCCGUAACGGGACGGAUGUGGAUGCUGCUGCUGCUGUGCAGAUCUUCUCUAAGCUGGGAUAUAAGUGCCAGGUGGCCAAUGAUCAGACCGUGGAACAGAUGAAACAACUGUUGCGAGAUGUAUCCAUGGAGGACCACAGUAAAAGUGCAUCAUUUGCGUGUGUAUUGCUAAGUCACGGAGAUGAGGGGAUAAUAUACGGCACUGACGGCUGUGAAAAGUUUGAAGAGCUGACGAAAUACUUUAAAGGAAAUCGCUGUAUGGGUCUGGUGGGGAAGCCGAAGCUCUUCUUCAUACAGGCGUGCCGUGGGUCAGAACUGGACGAUGGAAGCCUUAUCGAAGCCGACAGUGUAGAGGAGCAAACAUCAGCGAGGAUUCCUGUGGAGGCAGAUUUCCUGUAUGCGUAUUCCACUGCUCCAGGCUACUACUCAUGGAGAAACACAUACAACGGCUCCUGGUUCAUGCAGUCGUUGUGCGAGAUGUUGCAGCGUUUCAGUGGAGAGCUCGAGCUGAUGCAGAUCAUGACCCGGGUCAACCGCAAGGUGGCGCUAUUCUUUGAGUCCUCCUCCAACCUACCUGGAUUUAGUGGCAAGAAGCAGAUACCCUGUAUCGUCUCAAUGUUGACCAAAGACUUCUACUUUCCCUCAUAAAGAUGGAUAUUUUUUCACCUAUAGAAUAUACUUACCUGUGAGCUGAGUCCAAAGUGACGGGGCUGAUAGUACCGAUUUCAUAUCCAUCUAUUCAAAUCCUUCCAUCCUUUAAAGGUGCCUGAUUUCUACCCUCUUUGGCCAAACACUUCAGUCCUGCUGUGCAUAGUUCAUGUAAAACAGGAUAAAAUUAAUUUUAUUGUGACUUCAAGGAGAACCCAAAUGUUCCCUCUCAUUGUUUUUCAUGAUGUUUGUAAUGAGGUCUUUAGUUGGGUUUUUUCGGAACCCUGAAGCAUUUUUAUUCUAUCUUUGAUCAUCAUGUGAUGCAGAAAAGAUACUAAAGGGUGUGGGGGUGUAUUUUCAGUGAUUAAGUAGUUGUGGAAAUGUGGACUUCUACUUCGACUACACAAAGGCAAUACUGUAUAGUUAUAGAAUAAACAAUGAGUUUACCACUUACAACUUAUCUACGUUUUAACAGUUUUUGGAUGCAAUAAAUGCACAAGCACAAAUAGAUCAUCACAAAAUAUCAGGCCAUAACACACACCAGAAAAAAAGGUGGUUCCAAAGGUUACAUAUGGACUCCUAUCACUGUCCUUGUAGCAAUUUAAUGUUUAUGUAGCUGUGAUGAUGGCAAGUCCAUCUUAACUGAGCUGAGCAACACAAUGCUAAUGCUAAUAAUAAAUAACAUGAAUACUGUUGUAGAAUAUCUGGAAUAUUUAUUUUCUUUCUCAGGUGUCCAUAGGUCUUGUUUUUAUGUAUUACUGCAUUACCACUGUCAUUACCUCUGGGGACGUCUAUAUACCUAAACAAGAAUUAAUAAUAGAUAAGGAUUUAUUUAGUAAUAAUAUAGGUACAUACAAGACUGUAGUCACUAGUCCUGACAUACACUUACAUUGUUUAGAAUAUAAACACAAUAAAACUACACAUUUAUUUUCAUUAUGGUCCUCGUUACAAAAGGAAAGGUAAAACAACAGAUCUUAAAUUCCGUGGCAUUAUAUCUGUGUUAAUGCUGAGCCUGCAAUGGAACUUUUUAACACAAAAAAAUAUUUCACAUGCUCUGUUCAUCUUAUGUUCCAUCUUUUGUUACGUUCUUUUUUCUUUUUUUUUUUUCAUUUUAUGUAUAUAGUCAAGCAUUUCUCCAGAAACAACUCUAAAAAGCAACCAAGUAAAGAGAGGAAAGAAAACAGAAACCAUAGGAUCAGGUAAAUCACAACCAGGACAAUUUAUUUGUCUUAAUUAUUUAAAAUUACAUUUGUUUCCUAUUUACCCUGGAUUAGCCGGUUUUUACCUUUGCUUGACACAUGCUACUUGAAUUUUGGUUUCAAUAUUCAUUUACUGAGGUGUGGCUGAACAAAAAUUAGGAAUUGUAACAAUGGACCAGUUGGGAUUUGUUUCUAUGUAAGAAUGUAUUGUACUCUGUGGACAAAUCAAUAAAAAGGAUAAGUGGAAAAAAAAGUA